ACUGUUCAGCAUAUUUUAUGCUUCUAACGAGAACUCUUAAAUGAAUGUUUUAUUACUGAAUGUAACAUUGUGUAAUGCUUAGUAUUUAAUAACAUUUUUGAAUUGCAUCCCCACUGAGUAACACAAUUAGUUUGGAUUAUUUUCUUUCUGUUAAUUAUUCUCCUCUUGUCCAAACUCACAGAUAAUCAUCCAAAUUACACACUAUUAUAAAGAUGUCGUUUAUUAAAGAGGAGAGUGAAGACAUUAUGAUUGCAGAAGUGUUCAGCAUCAAACAUGAAGAUACUGAGGAACAAACAGACCUGAAGGUGCUAAAAGAGGAGGCUCAAGAACUGAAUCAAAAUGAAAAUAAGUACCUGCUUGAGAAUAGUUGUGAUUUCAUAAUGGAAGAAAAAUAUCUUAGCUGCUCACAGACUGAAGAGGUUUCCACACGAAUAAGAGCUCCGAAGACAGGAACUAGAGUUUUCUGCUGCAAACACUGUGGAAAAAGUUUUAGCCAAUAUGAAACCCUUAAAAGACACAUGAAAAUUCACACUGAAGAGAAACCUUUUAUCUGCAAACAGUGUGGAAAGAUUUUUUCUCUUAAAGGAAACCUUAAAAAGCACAUACAAAUUCACACUGGAGAGAAGCCUUUCGCCUGCAAACAGUGUAAGAAGACCUUCACUGAAAAAAGAAACCUUGAGCGCCACAUGAGAAUUCAUACUGGAGAGAAGAGUUUCACUUGCCAACAGUGUGGAACGAGUUUCACUGAAAAAGGAAACCUUGAGCGUCACAUGAGGAUUCACACUGGAGAGAAGCCUUUCACUUGCCAAAAGUGUGGGACGAGUUUCACUGAAAAAGGAAACCUUGAGCGUCACAUGAGGAUUCACACAAGAGAGAAGCCUUUCACUUGCCAAAAGUGUGGGAAGUGUUUCACACAAAAAGGAAAUCUUGAAAGUCACAUGAGAAUACAUACUGGAGAGAAGCCAUAUACAUGCACUCAGUGUGGAAAGAGCUUCACUGCAAAAAGAAACGUAAAACUCCACAUGAGCAUUCACACUGGAGAGAAGCCUUUCACCUGCCAACAGUGUGGGAAGAGUUUCACACAAAAACAGCAUUUUAAAGUCCACAUGAGAAAUCAUACGGGAGAGAAAGCUUUUACUUGCCAACAGUGUGGAAAAAGCUUCACUGAAAAUGCAUACCUUAAAGUCCACAUGAUAGUUCACUCUGGAGAGAAGCCAUUCACCUGCCAACAGUGUGGAAAGAGCUUCUCUCAAAGAGGACAUCUUAAAAUCCACAUUAGAAGUCACACUGGAGAGAAGCCUUUCACCUGUCAUCAGUGUGGAAAGAGCUUCACAACAGCAGUGAACCUAAAAUAUCACAUGAGAAUUCACACCGGAGAGAAGUUGUUCAGUUGUGAUCAGUGUGGAAAGAGUUUCAAACAAAAAAAAUCCCUUAACUGUCACCUGAGUUCACCCAAGGAGUGUGGAAAAAGUGUCAGUCUAAACCAGGGGUCAGAAAUCUUUAUUUCAUGAAGUGCCAUUUUUAAGUUUCCUAGUUAAUCCCUGUGCCACAUCACAGUCAUUUAAAUGUGUGGAAUGUGAACAAGGACUCUUGUCUGCAUUGAUAGUCUAGGGCAGGGUUCUCCAAACUCAGCCCUGGAGGGCCACUUUCCUUCAGAGUUUAGCU